UCCAGGAUCCUCUGCUGAUAUCUUCUAUAUAAGAGAAUUCUCCUGGAUGACCCAUCAACCAUGGAGAGAGACAGGAACAAGAUGGCCGACAGGAUCAUAAACCUCACCCUACAGAUACUCUUCCGGCUUACUGGAGAGGAUUACACAGUAGUGAAGAAGUCCUCUAGUGGGCGCUGUGGGGCCCCUGUGUGUGAAGGAUGGGGAAGAACCCUGAGCCCAAUCCCGGGGCCCCCACCUCACUCCCUGAUACAUGAGGAAAUGGAUGAACAGAAGAUCCUAGAACUCAUCAACAAGAUGAUGGAGCUGCUGACUGGAGAGGUUCCUAUAAGGUGUCAGGACGUGGCGGUCUAUUUCUCCAUGGAGGAGUGGGAGUAUGUAGAAGGACACAAGGAUCAGUACAAGGAUCAGGUCAUGAUGGAGGAUCAGCAGCCCCUCACAUCACCAGUCAGAUCCAGUAAGAGAACAGCACCAGAGAGGUGUCCCCUUCCUCUUCUUCCACUGGAUGAUCAGAAUCUUUGGGACUUCAGGGCAAAUACUAUCCCCCUCCCCCUCUAUAUUUACUCUAUAGCAGUCGACUUGAUCCCAUCACCACUACAGACAGGGGAGAAGCCAUUUUCAUGUUCAGAAUGUGAAAAAUGUUUUAUUGACAAAUCAAGUCUUCUUAAACAUCAAAGAACUCACACAAGGGAGAAGCCAUUUUCAUGUUCAGAAUGUGGGAAAUGUUUUACUUCGAAAUCAGAUGUUACUCGACAUCAAAGAACUCACACAGCGGAGAAACCAUUUUCAAGUUCAGAAUGUGGGAAAUGUUUUACUAAUAAAUCAGGUCUUGUUGUACAUCAAAGAACUCACACAGAGGAGAAGCCAUUUUCAUGUCCAGAAUGUGAGAAAUGUUAUACUUCUAAAUCAGAUCUUGUUGUGCAUCGGAGAACUCGCACAGGAGAGAAAUCGUAUCUUGUUGAACAGCAAACCACUAACACAGGAGAGAAGCCAUUUUCAUGUUCAGAAUGUGUGAAAUGUUUUACAUCUAAAUCAUGGCUUGUUGAACAUCAGAGAACUCACACAGGUGAGAAGCCAUUUCCUUGUUCAGAAUGUGGGAAAUGUUUUACUAAGAAAUCAAAUCUUGUUCAACAUGAAAUAACUCACACAGGGGAGAAGCCAUUUUCAUGUGCAGAGUGUGGGAAAUGUUUUACUCGGAAAACAGACCUUUUUAGACAUCAAAUAACUCACACAGGAGAGAAACCAUUUUCAUGCUCAGAAUGUGGGAAAUGCUUUACUCAGAAAUCAGAUCUUGUUAAGCAUCAAAGAACUCACACAGAGGAGAAGCCAUUUUCAUGUGCAGAAUGUGGGAAAUGUUUUACUCAGAAAUCAGAUCUUGGGAAACAUAAAAUAACUCACACAGUAGAGAAGCCAUUUUCAUGUGCAGAACGUGGGAAAUGUUUUACUAUUAAAUCAGGUCUUGUACAUCAAAAAUCUCACAUAGGAGAGAAGCCAUUUUCAUGUUCAGAAUGUGGGAAAUGUUUUACUCAGAAAUCAGGUCUUGUUGUACAUCAAAAAACUCACACAGAGGAGAAGUUAUUUUCAUGCCCAGAAUGUGGUAAAUGUUUUACUUUUAAAUCGCAUCUUCUUUUACAUCAAAGAACUCACACAGGAGAGAAGCCAUUUUCAUGUUCACUAUGUGGAAAAUGUUUCACUCAAAAAUCGCAUCUUGUUGGACAUCAAACCACUCACACAGGAGUGAAGCCAUUUUCAUGUUCAGAAUGUGGAAAAUAUUUUACUUCUAAAAUGUGGCUUGUACAGCAUCAGAGAACUCACACAGGGGAAAAACUGUUUUCAUGUUCAGAAUGUGUGAAAUGUUUUACAUCUAAAUCACAGCUUGUUGAACAUCAGAGAACUCACACAGGUGAGAAGCCAUUUCCUUGUUCAGAAUGUGGGAAAUGUUUUACUAAGAAAUCAAAUCUUGUUCAACAUGAAAUAACUCACACAGGGGAGAAGCCAUUUUCAUGUGCAGAGUGUGGGAAAUGUUUUACUCGGAAAACAGACCUUGUUAGACAUCAAAUAACUCACACAGGAGAGAAACCAUUUUCAUGCUCAGAAUGUGGGAAAUGUUUUUCUCAGAAAUCAGAUCUUGUUAAACAUCGAAGAACUCACUCAGGGGAGAAGCCAUUUUCAUGUGCAGAAUGUGCUAAAUGUUUUCUUGAUCAAUCAAGUCUUAUUCAACAUCAAAGAACUCACACAUGGGAGAAGCCAUUUUCAUGUUCAGAAUGUAGAAAAUGUUUUACUCAGCAAUCACAUCUUGUUCAACAUCAAAGAACUCACAAAGGAGAGAAGGCCCUGUCUUCUCAUUCAUUGCUGGAUGUUAACGAAAAGAAAGGUCAGAGAAGGGGUGUUGGACAUCAAAAAGCUCAUUCAGGAAAUAAACCAUUUUCAUGUUCAGAAUGUGGGAAAUGUUUUACUUCUAAAUCAAGUCUUGUUAAACAUAAACAAACUCACACAGGGGAGAAACUAUAUUCAUGUUCAGAAUGUGGGAAAUGUUUUACUCGGAAAUCAACUUUUGUUAAUCAUCAAAGAACUCACACAGGGGAGAAGCCAUUUUCAUGUUCAAAAUGUGGGAAAUGUUUUACUGAGAAAUCAAGUCUUGUUAAGCAUAAAAGAACUCACACAGGAGAGAAGCCAUUUUCAUGUUCAAAAUGUGGUAAAUGUUUUACUGAGAAAUCAAGUCUUGUUAAACAUAAAAGAACUCACACAGGGGAGAAGCCGUUUUCAUGUUCAGAAUGUGGGAAAGGGUGUGUUCAAAAAUCAGAUCUUGUUAAGCAUCAAAGAACUCACACAGGAGAGAAGCCAUUUUCAUGUUCAAAAUGUGGGAAAUGUUUUACUCGGAAAUCAGGUCUUCUUCAGCAUAAAAGAACUCACAUAGGGGAGAAGCCAUUUUCAUGCUUAGAAUGUAGUAAAUGUUUUACUCAAAAAUCAGAUCUUGUUAAACAUCAAAGAACUCACACAGGAGAGAAGCCAUUUUCAUGUUCAAAAUGUGGGAAAUGUUUUACUCGGAAAUCAGGUCUUCUUCAGCAUAAAAGAACUCACAUAGGGGAGAAGCCAUUUUCAUGCUUAGAAUGUAGAAAAUGUUUUACUCAAAAAUCAGAUCUUGUUAAACAUCAAAGAACUCACACA